AUGGCUGUGCUCGCUGCAUCACGCUCAAAUGUCCACUCUCCAAUACCAACUCCUUCAGAUGAUCUUGCGGACUCAGAAAUCGAAGCUGAUGAUCAAGCACCUGCGAAUGGAGGAGACUUUUUUGGUACUUACGAGGAAGAUGAAAUCCAAUGGCCCGGUGACAUGGAAUGGUAUGCUAACAGCAGUGAGAAUAGUGACAGCUCGGACUCCGAGGAUGAUGUCGUACCUGGCCUCGAUGAUGCCGAAUGGGAACCCCUCGUAACUGGAAGGGAUUUAGAGGACCAACUCGGAACUGCCGAAGAAGACAGCACAGAGAUGAAUAGCCACAAUCGUGAUUUGCGUCAGCAGAUUGAGCAACGCGUGCUUCAGGAAGAUGCAAUCACUAUUGUGCAAUACCCUGAUGCUCGAGCAGGGCACCCCAUUCCGCAAGCUGACAUAUGCAAUGCAAACGCUGCAUACGCUACUGUUAUCAAUGACACUGCAAAUCCAUAUGCCCCCUUCGCCUCUCGAGUGGAUUGGGAAAUUGCACGAUGGGCUAAAUUACGUGGCCCAACUUCAACCGCAUUUUCGGACUUGCUUGGUAUCAGUGAAGUCCAUGAAAAGCUUGGUCUUUCUUACAAGAACUCAAGGGAAUUAAAUAAGAUCAUCGACAAGCAGCUUCCUGGUCGCCCAAAGUUCAGGCGUGAACAAAUUGUCGUCGCAGGCGAGGCUUUCGACGUUUUUUAUAGGGACGUUAUCGAAUGUGUUAAGGCUCUGUAUGGUGACCCAGAUUUUGCCGAUUUUCUAAUCUUUGCACCGGAACGCCACUAUGCAGAUGAGGAACAAACUGUCCGAUUAUUCCAUGAUAUGCAUACUGGUAAAUGGUGGUGGGAUACUCAGAAAAAGCUUGAUCAGCGCAAACCGGGUGCUACCAUCAUUCCAAUUAUUAUUUCGAGUGACAAGACUCAAGUAACAAUGUUCCGAAAUAAAACGGCUUACCCAGUCUACCUUACUAUUGGCAACAUUCCAAAGGAAAUCCGCCGAAAGCCAUCUCGCCGUGCCCAUAUUCUUCUCGCUUAUCUUCCUACUACCCGUCUCGAGCACAUCACCAACCAGGCUUCACGACGCCGAACCAUUGCAAAUCUGUAUCAUGCCUGCAUGGGCCGUGUCUUAGCACCACUGGAGGAAGCUGGCUUAGAUGGUAUUGUCAUGAAGAGUGGCAAUGGUAUCCUGCGUCGCAGUCAUCCCUUAUUUGCUUGCUUCGUUGGUGACUAUCCUGAGCAAGUCUUGGUUACAGGAGUCAAAACCACGGAAUGUCCCAAAUGUGACAUACCACCAGCCGAACUCGGAAGCAAUGCCGCACCUUUCGAGAUGCGCAACCUUGACGCUGUCCUCAAUGCAUUGGCUGCGAUUGAUAACGGAGAUCUCGCAUUUGUACAUGCAUGCCGCGAAGCCGGAAUCAAGCCCAUUAUACAUCCGUUCUGGGAGCCCCUACCCUAUACCAACAUCUUCCAAGCCGUUACACCAGAUGUGCUUCACCAAUUAUACCAGGGUCUUAUCAAGCAUCUCCUUGGUUGGCUGGCCGAGGCAUUCGGAGCAGCUGAGAUUGAUGGAAGAUGUCGAAGGCUCCCCCCAAAUCACCAUAUCCGUCUAUUUAUGAAAGGUAUCACUAGCCUCUCACAAAUCAGUGGUACGGAGCAUAGUCAGAUAUGCCGUUUUCUACUUGGGAUCAUCAUCGACAUCCGACUCCCCAACCGUCUUGCCCCAAGCCGUCUCAUACGUGCCGUCAGAGGUCUACUUGACUUCCUGUACUUGGCGCAGUAUCCUUGCCACAGCUCCGAAACAUUGACUCUCCUCACAGAAGCUCUCGAUCUUUUUCACAACAACAAGCAGAUCUUCGUCGACCUUGGAAUACGAAACAAUUUUAAUCUUCCAAAGCUCCAUGCAGGCCGCCACUAUAUGUCGAUGAUCCAGACUUUUGGCACAACUGACAAUUACAAUACAGAAUAUACUGAGCGCCUCCACAUCGACUUGGCCAAAGAUGCAUAUCGUGCAACAAACCACAAAGAUGAGUUUGUUCAAAUGACUCAGUGGCUUGAACGCAAAGAGAAGAUCGCUCGACAUGAGAGACAUGUCAUGUGGCGCCUCCACGGCAAUCCCAUUCGACACCAACCUCGUCCAGCAAACCUGUCUUUCGACCGGGUUCAAACAUUAACGAAGCAUCCUAGCAUGAAAGCUGUGCCAAUUCAGAAGUUAAUCACGGAGUAUGGGGCCACGUACUUCCCCACCACUCGUCGCCGCCUCGAGGACCUUGCUGCUGCUAUCCACCUUCCAUUCCGCACACUUCCUGUGUAUCAUAUAAUCAAAUGGCGAUCUGAUGGUGCACAGGGACAUGGUGACCCAUGUGUCACAGUGGACAGCGCGCAUGUCAAACCUCGCCGUGUGACCACCAGUCAAAAAGGCGCUGAUGUCCCAGCACGAUUUGAUACUGUGCUUAUUAAUGAUGGGACUGGCCGUUCUGCAGGUAUUGAAGGCUACCGUGUGGGUCAGAUUCGCGUAAUAUUCUCAAUCCCGCAGAGUGCUGUUACAAUGAUGUUCCUACCGCAAUCCAGCCUCCCAAACAUCUCGCCUAUGUAG